AUAAACUUGAAACCAAACAAGCUACAAUGGCUGUGUAGCCACCUGGGUCAUACAACGAGAGUGCGCUUUGACCACUACAGGCAAAUGUCUGGCUUCAUUGAAAGAGUCAAAAUCAGCAAAGUAUUGCUGAUGCAAGACAUGGACCUUACAGAAAAGUUUGUAGGAAAGAGCCUUGAUGAAAUUGGGAGCAUUCUUUUUGAAGACAUUUUAACAUCUGGUCCAGAGACAUGUUGUAAUGAAAAUAGAGCAGAAAGUCAAGCAGAAGUCGAUGCUGAGCACACAAGUCUUGAAGGUCAAGCAGAAGUCGAUGCUGAGCACACAAGUCUUGAAGGUCAAGCAGAAGUCGAUGCUGAGCACACAAGUCUUGAUGCCCCAGAUGGCUAUGGAAGCAUGGACGAAGAUGACCACACUAUAUCAAAUGGGGAUGAAGAGGAAUUUGAGGGAAAGAGAAAAAGGAAGCCCCCCAAAAAAGGCUGCAAACGUCAGAAAUUCACAGAGGUAGAAACGGAGGAAAUAAAAACUUACUUUAGUGAAUAUCUAAAAAGUGGAAUUUGUCCGCGGAAACAGCAGGUUGAAGAUGCCAAACAGAAAAGUCGUAAGAAAACUGGGCAAAUAUGGAAAAGGUCAAUCGACAAGAUAAUUAAGAAAAUUAGUGCAAUGAAUCAUAAGAAAAAAUAAAAACAUGUUGUUUACUACCGGUACUUGGAUGGAACAUUAUAAGAAUACCUUCGAGGGACAUUGAAAAGUUCAUGCAACAGUGACUUGGCAAAUAUGGGUGAUGUUUGUAUGCAAGUGGUAAUUUUUGUGUAUGCAUUUUAUUUGUUGAAUUGAAACUUUACUUUGUAUAUGUCUAAAGGUGGAAAAGAAUCUGGUAUAUUAUCAAACGUUAAAAAUGCUAAUACAAAAGCUUAGAUACAAUAUUUUCCUUUUUGCUUCAUCGAUGCUUUUGGAAUGUACCUUAUUUAUUUUCUUAUAUACCUGAUUUCAGUUUACAAAUAAUUUAAGUAAAGUUUAAGGUAUAUAAUUAAAACACAUGUUAUGAACAUAAGGUCACAAAUGAAUUUUAGAAGCAAGCUCUAUUUGUCACUACUUAGGAAGAAACAUUUUUCCAAAUAGAUUCUUUUUUCUCCUGUGGUUUUUCUUAGAUUCACAACUUUUGUUAUUUAAAAAAAAGAGAUUGUGUGUCCUUUCCAAAAGUUGCUUAUAAUAUGUAACUUAAGCUGCCAUAUGUAUGGUCCAAACUUGAAGAAAAUGUUUUGGCAAGACCAAUAUGGAAUCUGGGCCAUGUGGGUCCAAAAGCUAGAAUGUGUGCAAAAAUUUACAAAAAUAAUUGUAAAUAUGCUUGAAGACACAUUUUUGAUCCAUUUUUUUUCAAGAUAAUAUCAAGUUUGACAAAUCUUGAGGAAACUUUGUAAGAGUUGUCUAGACAUUUUUAGUUUGAAAUUGUUAGUUCAAAAUACAUUUGCACACACCCUAAGCAUGUUUUUUUGCUAUACAGUUACUGGUUUGUAAUAUUUUAAAAGGACGAGGCAGUUGAAUAAAACACUGACAAUUAGUUUUUUCUGAUGGGAAUGUUUACCAGUAUGAUUGGAAUAAUUUUUGUCAUGCCGCUGGGAUUGAGCUCGAUAUAGUUGCCACAAUUGCACUUGCGUGUCUGUAUAUAUGUUGGUUUAGGUUUUAGGUCAGGAUUGCUUGUCCAGAAUGUAUCGCCCUUAUGCAUUGACACUUAGUUUUUAAAUAACUUGGCAUAAUUGUUCAACACCA